AUGGCCGACGAAGUCAUAGAUUUGGAAAUCAAAAAGUACUUACAAGACAAUGAGAUCACGGAAGAGCAGAAGAGCUUUAAUGAGCUCGAUGGCGAAGCGAAGCUUGCCCGGCUAGAUAAUUUGAUCCAAAGAUCGCAGCUCUACUCUCAGAUCAUUCUUGACAAUAUAAUGGAAAAGUCGCUUGAAAAGAAGCGCAUGGCAAAGAAAGAAGCCAAGAAAGGGAGUGAAACGAAAGCAGCCAAUGAUUCUGAAAGCGAUGAGGGAGUCUAUGUGCGAAGAAGAAGACAAAAGGUGGCUUCUUCACAUUCGAGUUCUAGUUCUGACUCAGAUCUGCAUUCAGACUCCGAUUCUGCCAGCUCUGUCCCUUCGAACUCCACUGCCAAAUCUCCUAUUAUAUCUGAGUCUCCAACCGACGGAAAAAUUGAGCGCAAUGAGCAUAAGAAGAAAACAGAGGAUGAAUCACCAGUCACGAAAUCCUCUCACCCAACGAAGCCAAUUCUAGUAGAUUCAGACGAGAGUCUGGGUGAUGAUGAAUUUUUCUCCAUGGCUUCUGGCUCCGAAAUCGAGGGAAAGAGUCAGGGAGCUAACAAGACUACCAGAGAUAAGGAUAGAGUCACAACCGCUCAAUCUCCCAGAAACACUAAACAGGACACGAGGAGUGGCAACACCAAGAAAGAAGACUUUAAUCAAGCGAAUAAUUCGAAAACCAACAAUAUAAGCUCUGGAAGGAAAGCAUCGAGCAAUAUAGAAGUGACAGAAGUUCUUCUGGGCGAUUCAAGCGAUGACCUAGUAAUCACUGGUGAAAAGUCCAGAGUUUCUGCUCGUGAUACUAGACACUCCAAGUUUGCGGCAAGAAAACGGCGCCCUGAAGACUCGCUGUCCGAUGACGACCAUAAGAGGUCUCGAAUAAGCAACGAUACGAGGAUGAAACAUAAAAAUGUUUCCAAAAAAUCGGCAAAAACAAGACGUGCUCUUGUUAAGGCCCAGGCCAACCAUGAUCUGAUGCAACCAGCUUUGCUAACGGGGUGUACCAUGAAAGACUAUCAACUCGAGGGUCUAGAAUGGCUCAUUACUCUAUAUGAAAAUGGUCUCAAUGGUAUAUUGGCCGACGAAAUGGGCCUUGGAAAAACCUUGCAAUCGAUUGCAAUCCUAUGCCAUUUAUUUGAACAUGGUGUUAAAGGGCCCUUUUUGAUUGUUGCCCCUCUCUCCACUGUUUCGAAUUGGUGUAGAGAAUUUGAAAACUUUGCUCCCAAAUUAAAAGUAAUGCAAUACACUGGAGACAAAGAGAGCCGAAAAUCCUAUAUUUUUGGUGCUUCCAGUUUCAAGAAGCAUAGAUGGAAUGUUGUUGUCACGUCAUAUCAGUUAGUUGUGCGUGACUUUCGUAAGAUGUCACGGAUAAAUUGGAAAUAUCUUGUGGUUGACGAGGGCCAUCGCCUCAAAAAUUUUGAUUGCCUCUUGGUUCAGUUCCUAAGGCGAUUAAAAGUGGAAAAUAGGCUUCUUCUCACAGGUACUCCGCUUCAGAAUAACUUAAAGGAAUUGUGGUCUUUGCUUAAUUUCAUUUUACCUGACAUUUUCCAGGAUUUAGAGCUUUUCGAGCUGUGGUUUGAUUUUGAAAGCAUGGGCGAAGCAGCAGCUAUCGAUGUAAGCUCAGAGGACAAGGCAAAAAUCAGCAACGAGGUGCAAGAUCGGUUGGUAAAAAGUUUACAUACCAUCUUGAAGCCUUUUAUGCUCCGGCGGAUGAAGAAAGAAGUUAUGAAGGAUUUACCUCCAAAAAAAGAGUACAUCGUUUACACGGAACUCACACCAUUGCAAAAGAUAUUUUAUAAGCUGAUUAUCCAUGGAGACCUCAAGCACACCGUCUUGACUUUUCAUCUUAAGGAGUAUUUACUAUGUAAUCACCCAGAUCUCUUUAAGACAGAAGAGGACUUGAAUUUCGUGGAUGGGUUCUUGGACUUCAAUCAAGGCAGGCUCUCGAACAAACGAGAAAGGGUGGCCAAGUAUGAUCGCAAAACGCUCAUGAUGCUUGAGCAAGAUCUGAUGAAGGAGUUUGUCGUACUGGAUUAUCUGGAUGACGGAUCAUCAAGCUCUGAAAAUGAUGCGGAUGUUCAUAAUGUCGCAGAAUCAGAUACUACAAUUGAUCUUGCUGCUAAUGCUGAAGCAGUGGACAAAGAGUUUGCUGAUUUACUUGCGGACUUUCAAACUAAUCAAAGCCAGCAAAAUGCAAUAAGCAAUCAAGAAUCAAAAAUGGACAUAGUUGAUGUUCAGAAUCAACCAGGCCUGAAAAUUAGCAUUCUUCUCAAUUCCGAAGAUUCUGAAAGUGAACGGAGACCCCAGUCCAUAAUCGAUGGGCGGAAAAAUUCUGCUGUGAAACUGGACGAUCUGGAAAACCAAAUGAAUCAUAUCAAAAAAGAUUCUUCAGAGUUCAAUAACAAGACCAAACAAGAACCACAACCCAAUGCUGCAUCAGAAGAACCUGAAGUUAUUGAAAUUUUGUCCGGAGAUAGCGACAGCGAGACCGAAUUGAGAGCAGUAAAGGACACACCACGCCAUGAGCUUCAAAGUAAUGUGAUCUUGAAGUUGCUCCCUCGCUUUACCCGAAAUCUUUCCCGAAUGAGACUUUUGAAUCGGGUCAUGCAAUUAAGAAAUGUCUGUGGCUCCCACUAUGUCUACUACGAGCCCCUAGCUGACGAUAAUGAAGAUGAUGCAUACUUAGCUCAUCUUAUUUUCCGAAACUCAGGAAAAGUUCAGUUACUAAAACAGUUAUUGGAUCCUUUAUUGAAGGGAGGCCACAAGGUGUUGAUAUUCUCGCAAUUCACCAAGAUUCUAGAACUCAUUGGCGUUUGUCUUGAUGAGGAUAAAAUCAAAUAUUCAUUAUUAACGGGGAAUAUUUUUCAAGACGAAAGGGAAGAUGAGAUUGCUCUCUUCAAUUCCGAAGAUGAAGAUUCGACUAAAAUUUUUCUUUUGUCAACCAGAGCAGGUGGUCUUGGAAUCAACUUAACAACGGCUGACACAGUUAUUCUUUUCGACAGCGAUUGGAACCCGCAAAUGGAUAUCCAGGCGAUGGGUCGAGCUCACCGUAUUGGGCAAACAAAACCUGUGAAAGUGUUCCGUUUUGUGGUCAGAGAUUCCGUGGAAGAAAUUUUGCUUUUCAAAAGUUUCAGUAAACGAGCUUUGGAACAGAAGGUCAUCAAAUCGAACAAUUUUGGGAAAAGUACUGUCGCUGGACAAUUGAUUGACAAAAACAUCGACUUGACAAAGAUCACUAGGCUUUCCAAUAUUUGGAACAUUGAACAGCGCUUGGACCAUGCCAAAUCCUCAAUUAAUUACAGUACAAGUAGGGUGUUGAUCGAAUCACAGGAGCCUUUGGAAGGUGUGACAGAGGAAGAAAUGAACGAGCUUAUGGAUAGAAGUCUGGAAUGUUACGCUCGAGAAACAUCUGAAUUUGCUAACAUCACAACUUUUGAAGUUUCAUCGGCGGAAGCUGAGUAA